AGAUUCCGGCUUUUAGUAUUCCGGGUUUUAGAGAUUCCCCAUUUUAGUAUUCCGGGUUUUAGCAUUCCCCAUUCCCCGUUCCCCGAUUCCUUUCCCCGAUUCCCCAUUCCUUGUUAUAGUAAUAGCCCUUAGAUUAUUGCACUUCACUUGGUGGAAAUAAUAUUAGGAUGUUAGGGUUUGUAAUCCAAGUGAGAAUAUAUACAUUUUAAGACCUAACCAGGAACGACUGCGAAAAAUGCAGCACAAGGUCCUCUGGUAGGAAUUGAACCUAUGGCCCUGCGAUUCCGGUGCAGCGCUUUAACCAACUGAGCUACAGAGGCCAGCUGUUGAGCUGUAACCGUAAGUUCAUGUGUAUAUAGGUAAUCGGGUGUGCGGGUAGUGAUAAGGUGGACUUGACCGCACACCCGAUUCAAAACUGAUCGCUGCUUAUACACCAGAACUAAGGAACAUUCAUAUCACACAGAAUCUGUAAUCCAUCAACACCUCUCUACUUGCGAACAGUUUCAACAUAUUAAAGCCCUUUUAGAACUAUAUCCCUACGAUGACGCAAAGUCUGAUCAAACCAGUAUAAUGGCUGAACAUGUUUUCAACAACACUGAAAUAAUUGAUAAAUCUAACCAUUGGUCCCUUUUGCUAUAUCAAGAAUCCCUCGCUAUUCAAAGAUAUAAACCUGAACUUAAUCAUGGACUUAAAGCUUCUAAAGAACUAAUCAUAUUUAAUUAAUUCAUUAAUAAUCAACCUAAUUAUUGUAUCGUAUUUCUUCAUAUAAAUACCGCUUUUGAUAUAUAACCUAGCUAGUUUAUCCUGAUGAUGACUGAAAUAUAGUCGAAACGUAGAUAAAUAAAAAUGUUAUCGACUUUUGGAGUUUCACUUGUUUUGUAUUUUAAUGAGUUAUAUUGCACUUUAUUGAGUUUCUAAACCAUGUAUUCUAUUAACUGUGGUCUCGGGAAACAUUGAGACUCACGGGAAAACAAAACAAAUGAUUUCAAUUAAGUUUGACCUUGCUUGACCAUAAUAGCUACAGUUAUUAGGCCAAAUAUAUAAACCAGUCAUAUCCCAAUGUUUUAGAAGGAAUAAAACCAGGACUAAAAGCUCAGGAUCAUUAACAGUAUCUGGGGUUUAGUACAACAUAAGUUUUGGGACUGUCAAAAUGUUUUAUAGUAUAUAUUUUUUGAGUUGAAGAACGAAGUUUCCUUCUGCGCGUCCAAACCUUCGUCAUUUUUUCAAAAUACAAAAGCAAAACUCCUUACUUUUUGCUGCAGAGAGAUGUAAAACAGUUGGAACUAAUCGGAAAACCUGGUUUGAAUCCUAAUCAUUGUUGUAUUCCCAUGAAAAAAGUGUUUUUCUUGCACGUUUUUGCUCGAAAACAAACUUUUGACCGAACUUUUUUCACUCCUCGAAACUCUCCUUAGUCCUUUUGAAAGCUGAUUUUCCCGCGCGUCGGCUUCAACGAAUCAUAGACCUUCAUCAUAGGAGUUAGCCUUCCAGUUUAUUUAUAGUUCAAUGGGAAUCGUUGUGUUCACUGUUCGGGCCGGUUCCGCGGUUCGGCAAAAAUAUUGAAACAAGCCGCGGGAAAUUUUUUCGCUUUUUUUAUCUAUAAGAAAGUACGUAUGAUAUUAACUAGUUUAACCUAUCUUUUAGUGUGUUUUUACGUAUUUACGUUCAGCAUUGUCUUUCAUAAUGCUCAAAAUUUUCAACUUGUUGUGUUGCGAACUGUCAAACUGAAAUGAUACUCUCUUCUAUUAACUCUUGAACAGUAGUGAACUGUCGCCAAAACUUUAAUAUGUAAGUCAUGUCAAUCAAUUCAAUUCACAGGUAUCGUUUUAUCUGCUAAAUCAAAUAAAACAGUUAUGAGUUGUUUUAUAUGAAAAGUUAAACUUGUAGUUCGAUGUUUUGAAAGGUUUUCACACCGAUUUUAACAACAAAAACAAAUGUAAAGAAACACUGGAUUUAAUACAAUGCGUAAUAGUGUUUUUAUUAUUAGUAUUUUCAAGAUUAAUAUUUUAUUUUUAUGUCAAACAAGUCAGAAAUAUCUGUUUCCGUAUGUAUUGUAAGUCAAAAACUUGAAAUCACUAUAAAUCAAACGCUACAAUUUACACGCAUGCGCAGAUCAUGCUCGUGUCGAGUCGACUUUUUUUCAUGCUGGCCUCGCCGAUUUUAGCGAUGAUUUUCUCGUGUUUUCUUCGGUGAAAUUUUUUUAAACUUUGUAUUUUUGUUAUACAAGACGAGUGGUACAACAUAUCCAAAUUUUAAGAAAUUCUACAAAUAACUUUUUCUGUAACCGUCAUUCACGAAUAUCUCGAAAACUUAUUUGUAAACCUCCCUUCAAAUUUUGAUGUUUUUCCUUUAUGGACCAUAAAUCUGCAAAAAAACUUUCAGAAAAAUUCACCGAAGGAAAAUAUAGAUAUUGUCAAUUUAUUGUGAAAUUAGACAAUACAAGUACAAAUGAUUAAACUUCAUGGUUGCCAUGGCAACACGAACACUGUUUCAAUUUGUUCAUAAAUGGACAGCACACAGCUUCUGCACACAGCAAUCAUAUUGCCCUGUCUUAAGUAUAUUUAAUAUAAAUUCGGUUGAAAGCGAACGUUACUCAAAAUACCUAGCCACUAAAUAAAUAUGACGCCAUCAAGACCAAUUUGUUUCAGAAACAUAAUUUAUUUUGGUAAGUCUAAUUUUAUAGUUGCUAUAAUAUUUAACUACUCAUGACAAAUCCGCAUACAAAGAUAUACUGUAAGGACUGACUACCAAUAUCUAAGACUUGAUAUUAACUCAACGGGUAUACAGGGUGUAUCAAAAUAAACGCAAUUCAUCUUUUGUGCUUAAUAACUUUCGAAAUACUAUUUCUAGUUAAACGCUUUUAGGCUUAGUUCAAAGCCUGUUCUUUUCUCUUUCAAACAAACUAUUAUCCUUGUCUCCAAUGCUAGUAAUAAUUGCACAGGAAAAGAUUUAGUAAAACCUAUCAUUUUUAGUUGCUGUUUAAUUAUGCAAGUUUACUAUGUUAUUGUUUAGUCGGUUUAAAUGUUAGAAUUUUCUUCUUUAAACUUCAAUGUUGUCGUCACUACAUCUGGAAAACCACGUAAGAACAAAUUAAAAGUAUUUUAAAAGAGACCAGGUUGUUUGAAAAUCCUAAACGAAUGCUAAAAAUCGUCAAAACAUUCUGGUGUCUGAGCCAGAGUGUCAUCGAAUUGCGAUGUAAUGUAAACAGAAAUUAUAGCAAGUUGAUGUCAGUCAGCUUAGAUGGUCCAAGCCAAAAUUAUAUCGCAUUUGAAGUUUCAAACUGAGUUAAAAAUAGUGGAAGAAAAGCCGUAAUUAUACUUAUUGUUACAAUCCAUUUAAUAAAAUGCAAAACUUUUUUGUUUUAAUGAAAAAAUCAGUUAUUUUCAUGAGAACGAUUUCAUUGCUAUUCCAUCUCAAUUUUUUUAAUCUCCAAUCGCAAUAACGUAAAGUAUUAUUACCCGCGAACCAAUUAGUCAAAUUUAAGAAACAACCCACUGUUAGAAAGCUGAAUGGCUACGCUUUAAAAUGAAUGUAAACUUUAAGGUUUUGGUCUAUUAUUUGUUUAGCAAUUUACAUUUCAGUCGAGGAUUGCGCUUUUUUUUAUACACCCUGUAUAGCGGUGUUUUAUAGACCACUUAGAGUAGCGAGUUUAUAUCUCCUGUACAUUAAAAGAUAAAAAUUCAAGACCAAUCUCUGGAGGCUUGACUAUAGCUUAUGAGAUAUAGCUGUUAUACUAGAUUCCAGAAGUUGAGAAUUUAAGUCUCGAGUACUUAUAAACGAUAAGGGGUUAUGGAUAAUAGCAGACAUGCAUCUAUAGUCCAACAUGCAGGAACGACAAUGCGCCCGCAGAUUUCUGAUUCUGGUUUAUUUAUUUAUUCAUUUAUAAACGCCACCUUGCAAUGCACACUAUAAUAUUUUACAGGCAUAAUUAUUUUACUUUACAUAGUUCAAGGUAGGGAAUCCGCAAUUUAUAAGCCAAUUACUGCGGACCCAAUCAAUAUUGAAAACAUUAAGAUACAAACACAGUUACUGAAUUACAAAAAAGAUAAAUUCUAAAACGACAACGCAUUACACUUCGUAUAGAAGCACCACGACAAAUAGCCUUCUCGCAGACGUUGUUAUUCUUAAGGCUGUGCUGAGUGGUUAUAUUACUACCUUAAAAAAUAAGCAGAAAAUCGACGUUUCGAGCGAAGGCGCUUCGUCAAGAGUUAGUAGCAGGGAUCGGGGAAAAUGCACGGGCUUUUAUACUAAGAGUAUGAAAGCAUCACGUGACAAAAAAUAAACCAAUUAGAUGGAUUUAAUAAUAAUAACAAAGUGUAAACAAAAUAUGUAAAUCGCAUUACAGAAUAUAAUAUAAUUAAAAAUAUAAAAAUAAACAGGAAGUUAAGACAAUUACUACAAAAAAUAAUCGAAACAAAACACGAGUGGGAAUAAGGUAAAAGUAAUAAAUAGAAGUUGUCAAUGUCUGCUAUAGACAGGCAAAGACAGAUGGCAUCAUAGACAAAACAGAAGACAUGUCUUCUGGAUUGUCUAUGAUGGCAUUAAACAUAAGAAAAGCGUUCAUGUUGUUUACACUUUGUUAUUAUUAUUAAAUCCAUCUAAUUGGUUUAUUUUUUUGUCACGUGAUGCUUUCAUACGCUUAGUAUAAAGCCCGUGCAUUUUCCCCGAUCCCUGCUACUAACUCUUGACGAAGGGCCUUCGCUCGAAACGUCGAGUUUCUGCUUAUUUUUUAAGGUAGUAAUAUUUACCACUCAGCACAGCAUUUUCACAUUGGUACUACCAACACUGGUACAGACAGUUUUAGUAUAUAUAUUAUUCUUAAGGCGGAUUUCCAUUCAGUGCAAAAUGUCGCACGAUGGAAUUUUUGCGAUCGCUUUCUUUUGAAAUGUGUGCAGUCGACUAUAGCUAAUGAGAUUUGUUCCACUUGACGGUUAACAUUUCAAAAGAAAGCAAUCGCGAAAAGUCGAUCGCGCAACAUUUUGCACUGAAUGGAAAUCCGCCUUUACGCCAAGCGAUGAAAAACUAUAACUAACUUAUUUAUUACGAGCUUUCGACUGCCAGUCUGCAGUUUUCGACGCAAAAUUUUUUUCCGUAGACAGUCGGACUCCUCAUUGAUGGUCGGACGCAUCAUUGAAAAGGGUCCAGGCCUCCGCGUGUUAUUGAUGGAUCCCUUCGUAACCCACUGGUGCACCAUAUAUCCAUCACUCUACGUUCUUCUUUGACCACGUGUAGAAAGGUGAACGAUUUGAUUCGCGAUGUCAUAGCAAAUCUACAAAUGUGUUUUUCUUGUUCCGAAAAUACUUAAGAACUGUUAUCGCGAGUCAGUAAAACUAUAUAUCCCAAUUGAAGAGAAUCAGGAUAAGAUAACUAGUGUGUAAGAAAAUACUGAAAGAUUUCCAAGCGACUCAUCAAGACUACUUUCCACAAAUAGAAAUAUUGCAGAAUACCCGUGCACUAGUAAUAUCAUAUCAUGUAGCCCGGCCACUAUUUCACCGGAUACGUUCUAAUAUACACAAACUGAUUACUAAGACAAUAUUACGAAUUGAUACUAUAAAGGAAAUAUCAUGCAAGACUUUUAAUGUUUAAUAUUAUGCUUAGUAUGCUUUAUAAUUUAAUUUUUUUCUCCCAGCGACGCUAAUUAAUCAUAAUCUGUCAAACACCAAUGUCCGGUUGCGAGGAACAUAUUUACAUAUUACACCACAUUUAAGAUUUCUAUAGCAUGAGAAUUUAAUCUAUUAAUGCUAACUGUCGCCUUAAUCUCAAAAUAACUACUUGACUGCGUAUCCACUAAAAUAUAGAGCUAGCUACCUGUAGCAUGAGAAUUUGAUCUAAUGCUAAUCUAACUGUAUGCCUCGUUCUCGAAAUAACUACUUGACUGCGUAUCCGCGUAUCCACUAGAAUUAGAGCUAGUCAGCUAGAUUUAACACCAUGACAAUUUGAUCUAUUAAUGCUAAGUUACUGUAUGCCUCGUUGCUACCUUUACCACCAUGGGAUUUUAACCUAUCAAUCUAUUUAUUAUUAAUCCAUUGAGAAUUGAAAUGUAGAUGUAUUAGUACAUCGUAUCCAUGAUGUUUGAAAGGCAUAGCUUAAAAGUGGACGGGUAUUCUGCAAUCGCUCCGAAAAGAUUUACAAAAAACAAUUAGAAAAGCAAAGAAAAGCAAGUGGGAAUUAAUGGCGAAUUUAACUUAAUAAAAUAUGGGCAGAUGUCGUCACCACACAAGAUAUAAUUGAAGCCACAAUGUGUCCUGCUCAGAUUUUGGCAUCUCAAUCAAGCAAUACUGCCAAUACAAUAUUUUGAAAUCACCAAUCCAAGACACACUGGGAAGACAGGUGGGAAAUUUGCUGUCGCUGGUCAGUAAAUUGCGGGCGCUAGCAAAAAGUUUGUUUUAAAUUAUUAAAAUGAGCAAAAACGAGUUUUUGGACUUCUCGUUUGGGACGAAAACAGUGGAUGUACAAGAAUUUAAGUUUGUUUAUUCAAAGGCUGUUGAAAAAUGUCCUGGAUAAAAGACUUUAAACUGAAAUCGGACAAUUAUAAACUAUUUAUUUCUACUUUUAAUCAAAAACUUUUUUGAAAAUAAUUUUGAAACAAAUGAUAGCGAUAUUACAUUUAUUAAACGACGUUUCGAUGCUACAGCGUGCAUCAUUUUCAAGUUAUAGUAUUACAUAUAUUGCGUUGAUUUUAAUUAAACCGUUCGUGUCACGUUAGCAAAUUAUUGCGUAAGCAUGCAAAAUUUAAAUUUAUAUGACGUAAUAAAUUACAUAAAUUGCAUUUAAAAGAAAACAUAAAACAGAUUAAACAUAUUUCUGUCUUUCAUAACAUGUACACAAAAAACAACAACAAACAAACAUACUAAACAAAACAAACAUAAAGGCCAUUAAUUAUAGGACUAAGUAUAAAGUUUUGAACGAAUCGAGUCCGAUUGAGUGUUCAAGGACGGCGAUAGUUCCUUGAUAUACAACAUUUCGUAUAGAAGACACUCAUACUUUCCUUGGCAUUUUCGUAGAAUUGAAAAGCAACCUUCAAUUCUCGACGCAUCCUCUUCGUGAUCUUCCCUCAUAUGUUUCCCGAUUACCGAUCGCUUGUGCUCAUCAAUGCGCUGAUGUAGAAAGCGCCGUACGAAAGAUCUUACCAAAACAAAUCGCAGAUUUCAUAUCGCCGAAAGGUUCACGUCUUGCGCAUCUUUACGGUCUUCCUAAGACCCAUAAGAAAGAAUUGGCAAUGCGCCCCAUCCUUUCUGCCACGGAUACCUACAACUACAAGCUCGCAAAAUGGCUCGACGAGAAGCUAAAGCCUCUUUCCACCAACGAGUACACUAUUCCUGAUCCCCUCUUAUUCUCCGAAGAAUUGCGAAAGAAAGAAAUCCAAGAUGGUGAAAUCCUAGUCUCGUAUGAUGUUUCCUCCCUCUUUACCAACGUCCCGGUUGAUGAGACAAUAGAAAUCGUGGUAGACAAAGCAUUUCAUAACGAGUGGUUCAACAAGACAUCAUCUACAACUCGAAAGAUCGGAACUAGCCAACUUGUUGAACUUGGCCGUGAAGAACCAACUUUUCCAGUUAGACGGUAAGCUGUACCGGCAGGUAGACGGCGUUGCGAUGGGAUCACCACUUGGCCCCUUGAUGGCGAACACCUUCAUGUGUUCCAUUGAACAGAAACUCGUUGACAACAACCGUAUGCCCUCGUUUUACCACCGUUUUGUUGAUGACACCAUUACCACCCAACGAAGUUUUGCAUCGGCGGAAGAUUUUCUUAAUACCCUCAACAACUGCCAUCCAUCCUUGAAUUUUACAAUGGAAUGUGAAGUCGACGGGAAGCUGCCUUUUCUUGGUAUGGAAGCGAUAAGAACGCAUGGCCAUAUCGAAACGAAAGUUUACGUCAAACCAACAAAUACCGGCCUCCUUCUUCACUACCAAAGCCAUGUCGAUCGUAGAUAUAAGAAAUCAUUGAUUACUACCAUGCUAAACCGUGCAUUCCGUUUAUCGUCAUCCUGGAAACACUUUGUGGAAGAGUGUGAUCGUCUAAAGAGCGUUUUUGCCAAUCUACGAUAUCCUCUCAGACUCGUUGACUCAAUCAUCUCUGAGUUUGUAACCAAGAAAUAAUAAUAAUAAUAAUAAUUUAAUUUGUAUUGCGCAAGUUCCAUUCGGAUAUGCUCACAUGCGCAUGACAGUGGUAUAAAACAAAAUCUAAAUAUUUAUAUAAAAGAUAAAAGAUAGUUAAGACAGUCCAGACUAUUCAUUAAUAAUCAGUUUUGAGUAUAUAUACUAUUAGUUUCGUAAAAGAUAUUAUUAUUAUUGAUAAAAUCAUACUGUUUUGUUAUAAAAUAUUAUAAUACGCUUUCCUAAAUAAGUGUGUCUUUAAGAGUUUCUUGAAGCUCCCGAUGGAAUCAGCUUGCUGGAUGCGUAAAGGUAAAUCAUUCCACAACUUUGGCGCUGCACAUCCAAACGAACGAUCACCAAGAGUCGGUAAUGUUUUAAGGGUAGUCUUCUGGAGCAAAAGUUUCGAAUUCGAUCUCAUGCUAUAAGACGAUGGAGGUUUGAUGGUUAUAAGCUCAGAGAUAUAGUCAGGUGCCAAACCGUGGAGUGCCUUGAAAGCAUUUAGUAAAACUUUGAAGUCAAUUCUGAAUUUUACUGGCAGCCAGUGUAGAUCCAUCAAGGUUGGUGUUAUGUGGUCAAACCGUGAGACAUUGCGUAUCAGUCUCGCUGCUGCAUUCUGCACGCGUUGAAGUUUGUUAAGCUGAUUCGCAGGCAAACCAUAGUACAAACUGUUACAGUAGUCUAAACGACUCAGAAAUGAACAGCUCGACCCCAACUGAGUAUGUGAAAAGAGAUGUGAUUUGCGUGGCCCUGCCGUUUAAAGAUCAGAAGUCGUCUGAUAUCGUGCGAAGACAACUCGCAGGCCUUGGUACGGUGAUUGGUAGAUCAUUAGAGCCAGUAUUUAAAAGUAGAAAGAUUAAAGAAGAAGUUAAAGUUCACGAGAUGAAACCACCAAUUGUAAAUCAACAACGCGUUGUGUAUAGAUAUAAAUGUGAUCUGUGCGAUGCAGAUUAUGUUGGCUAUACUAGUCGGCACAAACAGGUGGGAAAUUUGUCUGCGCAUGCGCUACAUUUUGCGCGGUUUAAGAGAAAGAGACUUGGGGCGAGUAAAUACAAUAAUUUGGUUUUUGAGCAUUUUAUUUGCGUUUUUGCCUCGUUUUUUUUUUUGCUAACCAAAAAAUUGUUAAUCCAUUGCAUUGUUGGGAAGGCGAGGAAAGUAUGAGAACGUUCACAGGCUAAAAAUAUUUAUAAAAUUGCAACUUUUGCGUAACCUUAUAUAUCGGAACUGCCUCGGAUUCCGAUGGAAAUGUCCAAUAAUUCCUAUACUAUUCCGUAUUUUUAGAUGAAUGAAUUACUUCCCAAAAUAAAGUAUAUGUUUUAAGGAGUAGUUUAAACCAUAUUUGGUUUUGAGGCUCUCGGCCAGAUUUUAAAAUAUUUUAAUUUUUUUUAUUUUAUUGUGCCAAUCUUUACCCCCCAUAAAUCACCCCGUAUUAAUUUGGAGAAAGAUGGAAAUGUAUUCCCAUGAAUUCAAAACUGCUCAUAUUUUCUGAAUCAAUAGAUUCUAAUUGUUCAACGAAUAUGCUUUUACGAACAGGAUUAGCAAACACAUGCAAUUUCUAGCGAAAUAUUAAGAGGCACCUAUUCAGACUACUACAGACUACAUUAGACGGUUGUGCCGUUUUUUAUAUAAACCCGUAUUUUCACAUGAACAACACUUUGAUUAGUGAAUUAAGAAAUCUUUGAAGAAUCGUUUAGAGAUAGUCCCGUUUUGAGGCUCUCGACUAGAUUUUUUGCAAUCUUAAGUUGACAAUUUAGCUUUUUCCUAUUUUUAGCAAAAUCACGAUUUUUGCACUAAGUGUUUUCAAGGAUUUAAUCAUAAAUAAACAUUCCAAGGAUAUUUCUGAGUAGAAAAAUGCAUUAAAAACAAAUUUUAAACCCACCCUGAGUUUAUUUUUUGAAUUUCAUCUGUCCAGGGAGUAAAAACAACUUGCAUCUUCGAAAAAAGUUAAAUUUCGUCUAUAUUUCGUCGUAGAAAUAAAUAAUUUUGAAACAAAUGAUAGCGAUAUUACAUUUAUUAAACGACGUUUCGAUGCUACAGCGUGCAUCAUUUUCAAGUUAUAGUAUUACAUAUAUUGCGUUGAUUUUAAUUAAACCGUUCGUGUCACGUUAGCAAAUUAUUGCGUAAGCAUGCAAAAUUUAAAUUUAUAUGACGUAAUAAAUUACAUAAAUUACAUUUAAAAGAAUACAUAAAACAGAUUAAACAUAUUUCUGUCUUUCAUAACAUGUACACAAAAAACAACAACAAACAAACAUACUGAACAAAACAAACAUAAAGGCCAUUAAUUAUAGGACUAAGUAUAAAGUUUUGAACGAAUCGAGUCCGAUUGAGUGUUCAAGGACGGCGAUAGUUACUUGAUAUACAACAUUUCGUAUAGAAGACACUCAUACUUUCCUUGGCAUUUUCGUAGAAUUGAAAAGCAACCUUCAAUUCUCGACGCAUCCUCUUCGUGAUCUUCCCUCAUAUGUUUCCCGAUUACCGAUCGCUUGUGCUCAUCAAUGCGCUGAUGUAAGGGAAGCGCAUCUAAUAAGAAUAGUAUGCGCUGUCCCGGAGCAGCGCUCUAACCAACUGAGCUACAGAGACCAGUUGUUGAGCUGUAACCGUAAGUUCAUGUAUAUAUAGGUAAUCGGGUGUGCGGGUUGUGAUAAGGUGCACUUCAAUUAUUAGGUUUCUUGCACUUCACUUGGUGGAAUAAAUAUUAGAAUGUUAGGGUUUGUAAUCCAAGUGAGUAUAUAUAUACAUUUUAAGACCUGACCAGGAACGACUGCGAAAAAUGCAGCACAAGGUCCUCUGGUAGGAAUUGAACCUUAUCACAACCCGCACACAGGACCUUGUGCGGCAUUUUUCGCAGUCGUUCCUGGUCAGGUCUUAAAAUGUAUAUAUACUCACUUGGAUUACAAACCCUAACAUUCUAAUAUUUAAAUUUGAAUGCAGGUCUUUAAGGUCUUUAAAAAGUCUUUGACUUGUGUGAAAAAGCGAAGAAACUCUUUAAAAGUCUUUAGUGACUAUUUGGUUAUACGAUUUCCUACCUAAUAAAACUACAGAUUGAUUGAAGCAAGAUUUUCGCAAAUAUCGACGAAAGGCGCAUUUUAGGAUGUGAUUUGUGGGGACUAAUUACUCGGGGGAAAAUGGUGUUUACACUCGCAGUUUUUCGACAGCUAAUUGCUCUAAAAGGUCUUUGAAAAGUCUUUGAAAAUAGGCAGAAAAAAUCUUUGAAAGUCUUUGAAAUUUUUUGGCCUGUCAAUCAAAUCUGAUACGUAGUAAUUAUGCUAUAAAUAAUUUCCAGACUUAAUGUUGAUUUUUUAAAUAAACAUAACUUUAACGGUUCCUAUUGGAUAGGUUUAAUUGGAUAUAAGUAAUGUUUAUGAAAAGCGGAGCCAACCUCGGCAAGAGCAAAAAGUGGGCGUAUUUCGUUUCUUGUGCUGUCGGCGGUCCCUUCUUUUUUCUGACUGCUCGCGGUCUAGGAACAAAUAUUCGGACAGUAUAUAAAUAUAACUGAAUAAACGUACUGAAAUAAGAAAACAGAACUCAUUUUAGAAGGUUAAUAUUUAAUUUGUGUUAAAAAAUUCAUAAUGUAUAUUUAGGCUGAUGUGAAAGAUAGAUCUUGAAGAAAAGGAUCAUAAGUCUUUACUUGGUAAAUCAAACCAAUACGUCCCUAGUAAUUAUCCUGAAUCUUGCAAGGAAUGGGCAUACUUAAACGGCGGAAAGUGUGCUUCAAGUUAUUUUUGGUUUCUGGAGCAAUCUUUACCUUAUACGGCUUUGCCUGGCUAAAAGCUGUUUUGAAUAACCGUUAUAACGUCCCACCUCAGAAGGAGGAAUCAGGAAUCCAUGUAAUAACUAACUAUCCACUGAUGACUGAAAAACCUUGGAACGAAAGCCAAACAGAAACCAACAGAUCCAGACUAUGGCAACGACAGGAAGAGAUAGAAGAAACAUUACAGAAAAAUCUCAACCACACUUUAGUCACAGCUGUUCAUCUUCUCGUUAAUCAACCAUUAGCCGAACAAAGAUUGAGCGAACAAAAUUUUCAUAACAAACACAAAAUAUUUGUACAUCGCAUCAACGCCUUGCCGAAAUACAGAGAUUUUUUCGAAUACGUAAACGACAGACUCCAAAAUCAGUUUGUGGUUAUAACGAAUAUGGAUAUUUAUCUUGGCGAAGGAUUUGAAAUGAUAAAUAAAACAUUUCUGGUAAAAAGUAAUAUAUCUUACGCCUUAACACGCCAUGGACGUCAGGAAAAAAGAUGCAAUAUGGGCGGAAAACGUGGAUAUUGUGGAGUAAGCUAUGUCGGUUCACAUGAUACCUAUAUUUUUGUGCUUACACAACCUUUAGAUGAUUGUGUUCUGGCUGAGUUCGAUUAUAAUAUGCAUGUCAUGGGGUCGGAUAACAGAAUGAUUUGGAUACUAAAAAACCGGAUGAAAAAGAAACCUCUUAAUCCAUGUAAAUACUUAAAGACAUACCACAACCACUGUGUUGAUAUACAUGGUAGUGUAAGACCACGGAUAAGUUUGAAUCGGAAUAUUGGUAAAGGUGCUAUAGUGAAACCCGGUGGGUUAUAUGAAUGACAUGAAGUGCCUGUUACCGUAACUAGACAAUUCCUUUCUAAAGGAAAUCAUUUAGCUAGACAACGGACAGAAAUAUUUUAUGGUACAGUGCAUGUGUAAUAUAACAUUUUGGAUUAGCUAACUCGAUUCAGUACAACAGCUAGGAUAAACAUUUAACUUGACUCCUAUACUGAACGUAUUACACAGUGCAAUUGCAAAUAUUAUAAUUGUAAAUGCAAAUUCUUCCGAAUUAAAAAGGCAGGCAUUAUAAAUGUAACGUAAUACCAUAGGAUGCAUAUGACAGGAUAGCGAAGAGAACUGGAGUAUUAAAUUUAACUCUUGACCCUCGAAAUGAUGCUGUAUGUAUAGCCUUGAUCUUUCAAAAUUGUUGUCUACUACCUGGCACGAGUUAAUCCUGCAUGCCCAAGAGCUUGUUUUCUCUGUAAUACCUCCUCCACUGCAGGGGGAGCAUAGAGAAAAUAGUACGGUACGUAUAGACAAAAAAUGAUCCAACAAUAUUUAUGGCAUAUAUACGUUAAUAUUGAAUAAUACUAUUGAUAAAAACCAUUAAAUAACUAAAUGAUGUGAGUUUUACACAUUUCAUUCAACCCCGCGACUCAAUAAAAUACACGGUUUGGAGCUUUUUUACGACCCGCGUCUUUACACGCGACCCGCGACCAUUAGUCAAACUCACUAGCCAACAGUCAAUAACUUAAAUCCAAGUCGGUUGAAGAGUAUACCAUUUCAAAUAAAUAUCCAAAAAGCUCAAUACCUUAAAAUAUUGCAUAGUACCUGUAAAUAUAAUCAGUUUCCCAAGUAUCAAGAUAUAUAAAUAAACAAUUUGGUAUUAUUUUUCAUCGGAAGAUUCUUCAAUCUUCAUAAUUUACGAAUUUUACGGCGUUUUACGCCCCGCCGAUGAUCAGGUGAUCAUUCACUUGGUCCGCCCGUCCGCCGAUGGCGUAAAAUAUCAAUAAUAUUUUACGCCAGAGAUAUCCAGCGUAACACCUACGAAUUCCAACCUGGCAGGCUGCCAGUGGCCUUUGCAGUUGCGAGUAAGAACAUUCAAGAAUGAGAUUCCAUCUUUCAUAAUUCACUAUUCAGCAAUGACUCUUUUUAUGCAAAAUAGCACUAAAAACGCAGAAACACAUAUAGAAUGUCAAGGUAAACAUGGGCCAACUGGCAGCCGCGCGAUAAUUAUGAGAGUCUUUGUAUACAAAAUUGCUAGCGACACUGGUAUGGUAUGAUGGAUACCAAUGACAAUGACUAAAUGAUUUCUUUGUUAUGACAACGUUAUCUUAUAGCACGCAACCGAAAUAUUCAAACUAUUUACUAUAGGCAAUUCAAACGCAUGUAUAGCUGAUAACUGCAUGAUAUAUUGUAGUAAUUCCACGCUUGUUGAAUAUUUCAUGAUAAAAAAUUGGAAUGCGUUGAAGGUUGGUCUGAUAUCUUUACGAGAAUCAAGUGUAUCGUAUACGAAUAUCAAGUGUCUGCAUGCACUUGAGAUCAAGCACUUACAUGAAGACAAUUAAGUGCAUAGAACUGGACUUAACAAGUCAUAUCAACUAGACUAGCGAACAUGCAAGUGAAGUUUGUAUCCAAUCCCAGUAGAAAAGCCGAUUUCACAAAAUAAUAAAAGCAUUGGCUACAGGAGUAUAUCCGACCAGUCAUAAGAGACGCGGUAUCUAUACUCGAGAAUCGAAUUGUCUCUGCACUUAAUAGAUCAAGCACUUGCAUACAUA